AUGCAGGAAUGUUCAUGUUGUGCACUUAUUGCUGAAAAGUUUGUGCUGACUUCACCAGAGAUAUUGGCGGGGAAAGGAAUCAGCCGACUUCUGGUUUGCAGAAGUGAUUCUUUGGUGUUUCGAAGAGAAUCUCGGGCUUGGAGAAGGCCAGCUAUCAGAAUCAGGAGUUACAUGGAUAAGUCUUGGAUUCAUCAUCACACUAGGGGAAGUAUAAAGUAUUUUGAUGGCAUACAUGACUUCAUUGAUGUGGCUAGGCGUCAUGCAGAAGUAGACGGUAGGUCCCGAUGUCCAUGUCGUCGUUGCAAAAAUAGGACUUAUCAUCAAAUUGAAGAAGUUAAGCAACAUCUCUUGAGAAAUGGGAUGGACAAGGGGUAUACCAAUUGGAUAUAUCACGGGGAGGCUCGUCAAAGCAACAAUAAUGUUAAUAUUGAUGCUAAUGUCAGUAGGGAAAAUGUCCACGAUGAAGAUGGAAAUGUAGAUAAUGUGUUUGAAUUGUUGGAUAACAUACAAAUGGGAAACUUCACUAAUGCACCACAACAAGAAGAUUCGCCUAAAGUUGAUGUUGGAGGAGGAAGCUUUGAUAGAUUGUUAAAUGAUGCACAAUGUGAAUUGUGGCCAGGUUGUGAAAAAUACUCUAAGUUGUCAGCGAUAUUAAAGUUGUUCCAUGUGAAGGUUACAAGCCGAAUGAGCAACAAAUCAUUUGACAUGAUGCUUGAUGCAUUUAAGGAUAUGCUUCCCGAUAAUAAUGUGUUACCAAAGUCUCAUUACGAGACUAAAAGCUUGUUACGAGACUUGGGUCUCGGAUAUGAUUGUAUACAUGCAUGUAAACAUGAUUGUGUUCUAUUUUGGAGGGAAAACGCAAGUAAAGAAAAUUGUCCACAAUGUGGUGAAUCGAGGUAUAAACCUCACGAAGCCUUAGAUAUGCGGUGGCAUAAGGAGAAACGUGUGAAGGAGACAAAUGAGUUAAGACAUCCAGCUGAUUCAAAAGCUUGGGAGGAUUUUGAUAGUAAGCAUAGUUGGUUUGCUGCUGAUCCUCGUAAUGUUCGUGUUGGAUUAGCAACUGAUGGAUACAAUCCAUUUGGAAAUAUGAGCAAUGCGUAUAGUAUGUGGCCUAUGAUGAUUGUGCCUUACAAUUUGCCACCUUGGAUAUGUAUGAAGGAGCCAUAUAUAUUUAUGUCGUUGCUUAUUCCUGGUCCAACAUCGCCUGGUAAUGAUAUUGAUGUGUACAUGCAACCUUUGGUUGAAGAGUUAAAAGAAUUGUGGCGGGAUGGUGUGAUGACAUAUGACGCGUACAGUAAAUGUAACUUUAAAAUGCAUGCGGCAAUGAUUUGGACCAUUAGUGAUUUUCCCGCCUAUGCGAUGGUAUCUGGAUGGAUGACAAAGGGUUAUCUAGCAUGUCCGAAUUGUAACAAAGAAACAUGUUCUUGUUUUUUGAAACACGGACGUAAGAUAUGCUACUUGGGAAGUCGUAUGUUUUUAUCGUUAGAUCACAUUUUCAGAAACCAUCACAAGCAAUUUAAUGGCAAAAGUGAAGACAAAGGGCCACCAAAGCAGUUGACGGGUGAUGAUAUUCUGGAAUAA